UAUAGAAGUCCAUAGCAGUUAACCUCUUAGCGUGUAAUCGUUUCUGUAAUUUGCCAUUUAUAUUUAUUAAUUAUUGAUAAAGUUAUAAAAGUUGCAUAAUUCAAUAUUAAAUAUUGUAUAAAAAGUGUGUAUAUAAAAGAUUCCAUCAGUAUUUGAAUAGAAGAAGAAAGAAACAACGAUAGGAAUAAAAGGUUCAAAAUGUCUAGCACAUCACAGAAACAUAAAAAUUUUGUGGCCGAGCCUAUGGGAGAAAAACCAGUCACCGAUUUAGCUGGUGUUGGUGAAGUUCUUGGAAGAAGAUUGGAAGCGGCUGGUUUUGAUAAGGCAUACGUAGUACUUGGACAAUAUUUAGUUUUGAAGAAAAAUAAAGAGCUAUUUCAAGAGUGGAUGAAAGACGCUUGUUCGGCUAAUGCAAAACAAUCAAAUGACUGUUAUCAGUGUCUUACAGAUUGGUGCGAAGAAUUCUUGUAAAUUAUUAAGAUAAUUGGAUAUUUUUAAAAUAUUAAUGUUAUAUGUGAAGAGUACAUUAACAUCGAAGAAUAUUUUCUAACUUAGCGUGUAGAACUCUUUUAACAUAUAUUACGAUGCUCUUUAUAUUUUUGCAGAAAAUAGAUAAAGGUUUUAAAAAGCCACUAUUUUAUACUUCGUACUUUUAUUAUUGACAUUUAAAAAAAAAUGUAUAAAUAUAUGAAAAUAUUUUUAUCAAUUUGUCUAAAAAAAAAAAAAAAAA